GCGUCGCCGGCGCCCGCCGCCCGCACGUCCAUUCAGCCAUCAGUGAUAAACAAACCUCGUCGGUGCCCUCUUGUCAGACAUGCCGCGUGUUUGACUCGUCUCUCGGUCCCAUAUAGCAGCCUUCAUGCAUCUGUGCCUUCGUUCUACACAGAACAAAUGUCAGCCAUCGCCGCACGAAGAACGGCGAUUUUAUCAUAUAUUGGAAAAUGACUGAUGGCCUCAUAGUUCAACAUGAAAAACCGAUGUGCGUGCGUAUUUGGCUCGAAGUGGGGCAUUCCUGCGAACCACGAAGUACUGCGCGAGGACGUGCACUAGCGCUCGACUGGCGGCUGUGGGUGCGCGGGGCAAACGGUCGCGAUAUCAGCGCUUUCGUGCACAAAGUUGUUUUCAUUCUACGUCCUGCUAGCGCAUUUGUUUACCCUAAAAGAGUGCUUCAGGAGCCGCCGUAUGAGAUUCAAGAGACGGGCAGCGUAUCUUUAGACAUACCAAUCGACGUGUAUCUAAAACACAGCAUUGAGCCAAAGAAGAUUCGUCUGCGUUAUAGUCUAGUGAUUGAACACGAAGCAAAGAGUACUGCUGAAUCGCGUUGCGUGUCCAUCGACGUAGAGAAUCCGUCGGUACCGCUGUGGCAGGCACUCAUGGUCGGAGGCGGAGAAGCGGUGGGGCAUACCAAUGCGAACCAUCGCAGCGAUCGCCUGGUGAUAAUACCGGGAAGACCCGCCAAACCAACACCACCUCGUCACAAGUUCGUAGAGCCUCUGCAUUGCAAGCAUGUUCUGCGAAGAUCAUCGACACCCUACGCCCUCGAAGAUACUUGCAUCAAAUGCGGCGAGUCGCAAAUCGAGUUGAAGAAACAGUUGCGCCUGGCGAAGAUGACAGAGGACGAAAUAGAACGUGCUGCGCGACUGUAUGUGGAUUUCUCCGGUUAUGAAAAGAACUUGGAUGCGAUUACAUUGCCCCCAAUUUCCGACUCUAUAUAUAGGAUACCGGAGUUGCCGGCGUCUCUGCAUGAAAUGAUGAAGAACGCUGAAGUCGAAAAGCCGCUGUUUUAAGUUAUCGAUAUCAGAGGCUUCUCAGCCCUUCUGAUAUCGUGAUUUUUGUGCCAUUAUGACUCGAUGUUCGAGUGAUAUUUUUCGUAUAGUGCAAUUUUUUUUUAUUAUAUACCUCACUAUAUUGACUUAUAUAGAGGAAUAUAUUUCAGCAAUAUAUAUAGAAGUGCCUUUAUUGUUAUAUAACUUAGGGAGUUAUGUGUUUUAAAUGUUAAAAUGUUAGGAUAUUGUUAUAAAAUGUUCAAUGCGCUGUGAGUACGAUCUCGUAUGUUUAAGUAAGUGUAAGGAAUUAUUUGUUGAAUUGUUCAUGAUAAAUGUAAUUUAAUUGGUGCCUAAAAAUAAAGAAGUUUUAUUGU